AUGGUGGUUGCUAUUGAUGAGGUGGUUUGUUUUGGGGUUUUUUUUGUGUUGCAGAGGAACCUGUUGGAGGAAGAUUCGGAUGAAGAGGAAGACUUUUUCUUGAGAGGGCCUUCUGGACCAAGAUUUGGACCCAGGAAUGACAAGAUCAGGCAUGUCCAGAACCAGGUGGAUGAAGUCAUCGAUGUUAUGCAGGAGAACAUCACAAAGGUGAUUGAAAGAGGCGAGCGGCUGGAUGACCUGCAGGAUAAAUCAGAAAGCUUAUCAGACAAUGCAACAGCUUUUAGCAACAGAGCCAAGCAGCUUCGGAGACAGAUGUGGUGGCGAGGUUGCAAGAUGAAGGCCAUCAUAGCACUGGUGGCAGUCAUUCUCCUGCUCGUUAUCAUUGUACCCCUAGUCCUGAAGUACCAUACCUGAUGGAGCAGCUGGAGGCUUCGGUGGAGCUGGCUCUGGGAUAACCAAACUGCUGUGUAAUUUAAGUGAGAUAUCUGUAUAUAGCUUUGAAGUUGUUUUUCUCCAAGGAGCGAGGAGGCAGCGGCAAGUAGCCAGUUCUAACAGAGUGUUUUAAGAACUGCCAAAUGACCCUUUUUUUGGUCGAGUACCUGCUCCUGCUGUCAGACUUUUUUUAUAACAGACGAUUCAGUUCCCAAACUGCCCAUUUUGUGGAAUUCUGGGUCUCUGGUUUGGAGCUAGCUACUUGCCACUACGGUUUAUCUGUAUAUAUGGUUGAGCUGUAAUAUUAAUAAUAAUGCCAUUUAAGCAGUUCCCCACUGCCUGCUGUGGAAGGCAGAGGGGACUCUGUCCUUUCAGAGCAAAGGAGGGGAAAAAUGAAGAGAAACAUACCAUUAUGUUACAGGGAAGUGACCCUUCUGUGGAGAACUGCAAGGG